UGUUGACUUUUAUUUUUUUCCGCUGUCGGAUCGGCUGGGCUUGGAAAUAAGGGAGCGUUUAAUUUUUUUUUAUAGAAAUGGAUAUAUUAUUUUUAUGCGCAGACGACGCAGCAAUCAUGUGACGCGUUGGGAAGGAGAGCUUUGUUAAUAUGGACUAAACAUUUAUUGGCUUCACGACCUGAGCGUGAGGCAGAGUAAAUCCAUGGAAAUUUAACGUGUGUUUUCCGUAAGGUUUUGUUUUUUCUUCCCAGGAAGUAGGACAUGAGCUAUUGCGUCUUGUAUUUGGAGCCGGGUUUUAUAUAGCUGAUUUCAGUUGUAGCCCAUCUGGUCUGGUGCUUAACAUUAAAUUAUAUAUGCGGUAUAUUAUUUUUUUAUAACCCACAAGAGACCACAGCCAACGUUAACUGGUUGUAUAUUUAUUUUUACUGUAUUUUUUUCAUUUUAUGUUUUCCAGUUUUAGUGUAUAAAAUACUUCUUUUACCUCUGCUUUUUAUAUAUUGGUCUUGAUCGUAAUUAGAAACAAGGCUGGCUGCGUACCAGAUCAAUGACAGCGAUGUUUGGGAGGCGAUCUGACUCGAAUUAAACAAAAGGGACAAAAGACAAUUUUCUCUCAAGAUGAGGUCUUCACUGGCGCCGGGCAUUAGGCUCAUCACGUCCUUCUCAAGAGAGAGCUGGUACAGAGGUUACACACUCUUUCUCACAUUCGUCUUUUACACCAGUUACCACUUGUCCCGAAAGCCGAUCAGCAUUGUCAAGAGUGAGCUGCACAGAAACUGCUCAUUAAUAAUCCAGCCGCAGCACUUGAACACAACCAACAAUGAGACGUGGUGCGACUGGGCCCCUUUCGACCAAGACAACUACCAGACACUAUUUGGUGCUUUGGACAACUCCUUCCUUGUGGCUUAUGCCAUUGGCAUGUUUUUCAGUGGGAUUUUUGGGGAGAGGCUGCCUCUGCGCUACUACCUUUCCACGGGGAUGCUUCUCAGUGGUCUCUUCACCUCCCUCUUUGGCCUGGGCUUCUACUGGAACAUCCACUCCAUCUGGUACUACGUCUUCGUCCAGGUCAUGAACGGAGUGGUGCAGACCACAGGCUGGCCUGCAGUGGUGGCCUGUGUUGGGAACUGGUUUGGAAAGGGGAAGAGAGGGUUUAUCAUGGGAAUCUGGAACUCCCACACUUCUGUGGGCAACAUCCUGGGCUCCCUGAUCGCUGGUGUGUUCGUCUCGUCCACCUGGGGCCUGUCCUUCAUCGUUCCCGGAAUCAUCAUUGCCGUGACAGGAGUGAUCUGUUUUCUCUUCCUGGUGGAAAGACCAGAAGAUGUGAACUGCAUCCCACCCCAACACCAUGAAUGCCCCGAGCAGGAGCCCCUUCUCCGCAAUGCCUCCAGCACAGAGGAGAUAUUCAGCAGCCCACAACCCGUGAACCAAGAGCACAUCCAUCAGGAAGAGGAGGCCAUCAGCUUCAUGGGGGCCUUGCGGAUUCCAGGCGUUAUCGAGUUCUCCCUCUGCCUGCUCUUCGCCAAGCUGGUCAGCUACACAUUCCUGUACUGGCUGCCUUUGUACAUCGCGAAUGUCGCUCAUUUUGAUUCAAAGGGAGCUGGGGACAUGUCGACCCUGUUUGACGUUGGAGGAAUUCUGGGGGGGAUCCUGGCCGGACUGGUGUCGGAUUACACCAAGGGCAGAGCCACUACCUGCUUCGUCAUGCUGAUUGUCGCCGCCCCCAUGCUCUUCCUGUACAAUCAAAUUGGACAAAAUGGACUACCGACCACUAUUGGUAUGCUGCUGUUAUGCGGAGCCCUGGUCAAUGGGCCCUAUGCCCUCAUUACCACAGCCGUGUCUGCCGACCUGGGCACUCACGAGAGCUUGAGAGGAAACUCUAGGGCGUUGUCAACGGUUACCGCCAUCAUUGACGGGACGGGGUCCAUAGGUGCCGCCCUUGGCCCUCUGCUGGCUGGCGUGAUUUCUCCAACUGGGUGGAAUAACGUAUUCUACAUGUUGAUCACUGCAGACCUGCUCGCUUGUUUGCUUUUGUUCAGACUUGUCAUCAAGGAGGUGAGAGGCUGGUGUGGAUACAGCACUCGGCAGAGGGGGAUGCCGGAUUUCCCUGCAGCUCCUGGGCACCGGGUUUAAAGAAAUCUGACGACCAUCCUUUACAAGGGAAGCACUAACCAGCAUCGGAAAAAUCAACAUCUUUUUUAAAAAAGGGACCAAGUAUUCAUCUAGUAAAUUUCCAACGAGGUUGUAAAUUGCAAACUUGCGUUAAUAAGGGACUUUCAUCUCUCAGACUCACAAUGAAUUGCAACAUCAAGGGGUGGGUGUGGAGAAAGAGGGGGGGGGAAUGGAAAUGGAGAAAUCCUUAGAUGUUCUGGGACCUAAAGACCCGCUGGAAGGAGAGUCCGGCCGGCAGUGGUCCAAAGCUGCUGUCAUUAAUAUGGAAUGGUUAUGUUACUAAUGCCUUUCUGCCUCUCUCAUCUUGUUCUGCACCUUUUAUCAUUAAAAUUGUGCUUAUUGCA